AUGCCUAGUAUGGUCCAUUUGACAACACUGGUUUCAGCUGAAUUGCCAAAUAAAAUCAGUAGUUUGGAGAAUUUAGGCGGUGUCGACAACAAUAUCUUUCUAACCUCUUCGACAUUUGCGCGCAUGCUUAGCUUCGCAAUGUUUCAUGAAAGCAACGGUAAAAUAUCACCACCUUCAACAUUUUUCCACACAUAG